UUUGAAGGUCUAGAUAAUUUAACAUUAGAGGUUGUUAAUAAUGGGCUGAUUGAAUUUGAAUAUGAUUUUUAUCAAAUAUGUUUUGAUAAACUUCUUGAAGGAGUUAAUUAUCUAUUAGUUGCUAAAAAUACUAUAUUUAUUAAACCUCCUGUACAAACUGCAGUGAAAGCAAUUAGCUAUAAACAAUUAAUUAAAGGAACAUUACUUGGACUUGCUCAACAAGAACCAGAUAAUGACCAAAUUAUAGAAAGUGAUCAAAAUAUAAAGAGUUAUCAGAAUACAGAAAGCAAUCAAAAUACAAAGAAUAAUCAAGAUAUCCAAAUUACACAACUAGAUGUUUAG